AUGUGGUGCGAAAAGGUGACUGACAGCCUAUCGAUGAAAGCAAGCACUGGCCAAAAUUCGAAAUCGGUGCCACAUCAUGUCUUCCGCUCUUGGGACUGUUACACACUCGAACUCCUUCUGCUCGGCCUUAUUUUCGUUUAUCUUGUCAACUUCAUCAUCGGCAGGGGCACCAAUUCUCGCAUAGCAAACGCCUGGUUUGCUGCGCAUAAAGAACUCUUUGAGUCCAACUUUGCCCUCGUUGGUGACGACGGCCAACCGGAUUCGGUGAGCAGCGGCCUGACCAAAGAGUCCGAAAGCCUUUACUCCCUCUGGUGUUCUGGACGCGUUUGUUGUGAGGGCAUGCUUGUGGAACUUCGUCUGCUCAAGCGACAUGACCUGUUCUCGGUUGUUCUCAAUUGGUUAAAGCCGGUCAACGACAUGAUGGAUGACAACGAAAUGGACUCCUGGGUGCUGGGUGUCGGCAGCAAGCGUGUGCUCAAUGGUCUCACCAAGGAACACUUUGACCUCGCCACCUACCCUCAGGAUCGUCGUGGCCAGCGUUAUUCUGGCCUCCCUGAACCACUACUCAUGCUCAGCGAAAUCCCCGAGGCAACAGCCGCCAUCCUCAACCCCACAGUCUGUAAGAUCAUAUCGGAUCACCAGUCUUCGUUGGAUUACCUCUAUUUUUCUGAUCAGUACAGUGGCCCCAAGAUUCCAAACGAGUGA